ACUCAAAACCCUACGACGACUUCUGCCAGAAGCUCGCUCGCGAACUCCCCGCCGUCGUGGUCUCCGUCAACUACCGCCUCACUCCGGACCAUCGGUAUCCGUGCCAAUACGACGACGCAUUCGACGUCUUGAAAUUCAUGGAGAACGACGGCCACUACUUUGAGGGCGCGAAUCUCAAACAAUGCUUCCUCGCGGGAGACAGCGCGGGUGGAAACAUAGCGCACCACGUGGCGCUCAGAUGUAGCGGACACGUGUUUCAGAAUCUGAAGGUUGUUGGGAUCUUGUCGAUCCAGCCGUUUUUCGGAGGAGAGGAACGGACGGAACCUGAAAGGAGGCUGGUGGGAGUGCCGGUAGUGAAUUUGGAGCGGACGGACUGGAUGUGGAGGGCGUUUUUGCCGGAAGGGUCGGAUCGGGAUCACCCGGCGGCGAACGUGUUCGGACCCAAAUCGGAGGAUAUAUCGGGGUCGGAUUAUCCGGCGACAAUUGUGUUCGUGGGAGGAUUUGAUCCGCUGCAAGAGUGGCAGAAGAGAUACUACGAGGGGUUGAAGAAAAGCGGGAAAGAAGCUGAGCUGGUGUAUUAUCCGAACGCCAUUCAUACUUUCUAUGCUUUUCCGGAGUUAGAAGAGUGUGCUGUUUUUUUUAACAAAGUCAGAGAUUUCGUGCAAUUGCAAACUGCAAGCAGACAGAAUAUAAAAUAGGAAAUGAUUCAGGAGGAUGAUAUCAUAUAUGAAUAA